AAAUAUAACUUUAUAGUGUACAAGCGUACUCUCUUAUUCAAUAGAUGCGAAUUAUUGUUUCUUCGGGCGUUGAAGUUGAAAUACAAAAUGACUUGUAUAAUUUUUAAGAUUUUUUCAAUUUCGUUCUUCUUAACUCUGGUUCAUUGUAAGCCACCUGUGUGCAAUAUUACUUCGGUUGGAUAUGAAGGUUUGAAUUUCAUCGAGCAUAAAAAGACUAUGCGCAUACAAAUUGUACAUCAGAAAAGUCCCUUUGAACAACAAAUCAAUUCACCACUUCACAAGCAUGGUGUAUUAAUGGAUUGGAAUAAGAAACCCACACCUAAACCCAGAACUAAUGAUACUAUAAGAUUAUAUAGAUUUCUUGAUCAUGAGUUCUAUGGCAAAAUUGUAAUAGGCCACCCAGGACAGUCGAUGAACGUUGCAUUGGAUACCACAUGGAUUUACACUUGGGUAAUCUCAUCGCGUUGCCAUAUAGUAGAUACAAUAGGUUGCUGGAUGCACAACCAGUACAAUCACGAUAAGUCAUCUGGAUAUAAACCAGAUGGAAGAAGAUUUUCUGUUGAUGCAGAUGGAUAUAAUUUAACAGGAUUUUAUUCUUACGAUAAUAUAUCGAUAACGCACUCAAACGUAACAAAUUUCAGUUUCAUUGAAAUGACGCAACUGCCAAAAUCGUUCCUUUUCAACAAAGCCGAUGGUGUACUGGGAUUAGGAAGAGACGUUGGUUCCGGUUAUAAACCAUUCUUCAACACUCUCUUGCUACAGAAAAAAAUUGUGGAACCAAUUUUUUCCGUUUAUAUUAACAGAAACUAUCAGUCGAAUGCGGGUGGUGAAAUCACACUUGGAUUUGCAGAUGGCCACCACAUUAAAGCAGAAUACAUAAAUGGCGAAUAUCAUUGUGAUAAAGUAGUCUUUCUCAGAGUAGAUCCAUUGCCAUACUGGCAAUUUAUGGUGGACAAAAUUCUUCUUGUCGAGAAUCCUACGAAAAAAACAACUUAUUGCCAGCAGAGAUUCCCUGAUCAUUCGAUUGGCUGCAAAGCCAUCAUCGAUACCAGCUCCAGCACAAUAGUUGGACCAUCUAAGGAGAUAAAUGACAUUCAUUCCAGAAUUGGGGCCACGAAAUUGAUCAUGGGAAGAUAUUCUGUGGAAUGCGAUAAAGUGGAUCAAUUACCGCAUCUCGACUUCAUUAUUGCAGGAAAAACAUUUACCCUGAAAGGACAUAGUUAUGUUUCUAAGGUAACGUUCAAGUCAUUAAGUAUUUGUUUAUCUGCACUGCGACCAGCCGAGUCUAAAGAAGAAGAACAAAGAUGGGUAUUGGGUGGAGCUUUUCUGUCCGAAGUAUACACUAUUUUCAAUGUGGAACAGAAUACAAUCGGAUUGGUAAGAGCGGCUUAAAUCGUUCAAAUCAAGAUAAUUUAUAUAAAUCAAACAAUUUUGAACAUGGUGAAUACAUCGAAUAAUAUGGAAUUUUUUUUAUAAUUCAUAUAAUGUAGAUAUCAGUUGAGAUGUAAUAAAAUAUAUAUCUUUUAA